AUGUUCAACAGAAAGCGUCGCGACCCCGCGGACGAGGAGCGGCUCAGCAGCUAUGAUCUCGAUUUCCCAGCCUCCCAACGUUGGAAGCCCAACUACUCUGUCCCGCGCAACUCGCUGGACGAACGCAAGACACCGCGCAUCUCCCUUGACCGAGACAAGGAGACCUCUAUAGGAAGACCGCGCCAUGUACCGCAUCCGCUCUCCUUUGGGAGAAACAAGCGCGACAUGGACACUUUUGCAAGUAUCCGACAAAGCAACGAGGAGGAAACAGACGCAGAGGAGUUUUCCGACCCAAAGCUUUGGAUAGAGACGAUAUCUGAACUGUACAUGAAUGUACUCGAUAAUCGGGCCCGAUGGGACCCGCGAUGGCUCAAUGUUACUCGGCGAGAACGGUUCGAGGGCUUGGAGUCGGUUACUGUUUCGGUUAUCGACUACCUUGCCAAUGACCAAGUGGAAAGAAGCAAACUGAUCACCACAAAGAAAGAUCUCGCCGCCGCUAUCAAUACCCGGCCAGAAGACUCCCAGGUGAGGGUCAUUAUGGUCAGUGAUUUGAGCCGCUUCGUCAUGGGUGCAUUGGGACAGUUGUACUCGAUCGAUCCGGAAUUCUGGUACGAACAACUCAUCACCUCAGGAUACUCUGCGAGCGAUAGUGGAUUGAAGCUGAGAAAUGCGGUAUGGAUGAACUGGAACGAGAGAGAAACCCAUUUUCGACAUCGCCCUCUCCCUGGAAUCGGUCAACGAACGGAAUGGAACUUGUCACGUCGGACAAAGUCUCGAAACUGGGCCCAUCUUCGCUGGGGUCGGCUAGGUGCGCUUCAUUAUCUCGGACGACCUGGAUUCCACGAAGAUGAGAUUGCGGGCCGUAUCUCUGACGGGCGUUGGACUAUUGAGCGCGAUGUCGUCGUCGAUAGAUCCGGUCUACUCUUGACCGACAAGAGAAAGAAACGCGCAGAACGAAAGAUCCAGGAGAGAAAAGAAAAGGAAAAGAAAAAAGAGACAAAGAGGAGGGAUAAAAACAUGUUUGCUGUUCCAGAACCGCCAAAGUCUGCAGUCAAGAUUGAAGGAACAUCAAACAGGGUCAAGAAAUCCAACGUCUAUCGUCCCUACAGCACCUUCUUUCCAAUACUCCGCCAAAACCCAGAGUACUGGAAGAAUAGAGAUCUGAGAGUAAUGGCGCCAGAAGGCAUGGGGUACUGGACAAGUGUUGAUAAAGAGGGGAAUAAGACUGUUAUCCUGGCCUUUGAUCCACCUCGAACCAUGCAAAACGAAAAGACAAAAGAGACCACACCGUCUCUAACAUUCAUGCCUCGAGCUAUGGAGUUUGAGUCAUACACGGACGAGGAGCUAUGGCGGACCGCUGACCCAGGCGAGACGUAUCUUGACCCGCCAGUAUUUGCAAAAAGGAAGAAGCUUAGCGAGAAGAUAAAACCGAAAAAGAGACACCCAGACGAAGAAGAUAAGAUGGGUGACGGGUCACCUUCGGCUGGCAUAAACAAAGAGGACGACGCCGACUUUAUCGACACCAGUGAUUCCGAGUACGACGAAGAAUAUCAGAACAAAAUUAGAAAGGUAUACAAGUCUCGUCAAGCCUGGAUUCGCGACCGCGAUUUCGCUCGGAAAUACUCACUCUCCACCAUGGAUCUCGUGUCCCGAUACGUCUCCAACAUCUCUCCCACCGAGCUGCUCCAGGACGAUUCCGCAAUCCCCUCGCUUAUUGUGCGUCUGUCUUUUGACGAUAUGUGGCAGCUCAUUGCCGAGAUUCGUAUUGUUCAGGACCACAUCGACUCGGACCUCGGCGCGGAUCUGCACCUCCACCUGCUUCAAGACGCUGGGACUGCCACACGGCAAAACAUGUCGUGGAUCCGGGCAACCUUGCAAGAGCUGAGCGAGUGGGUAGGCCAUGUGAAAAAGUCGAGCAAGAUACUCAAUCUGCCCGAAGAUCUGGAGCAAGAAAUGGUGGAGCUUCACCAAGACCUGCAAUCUCUACAAACACGCUCAGAGCAGACACUCAACUUUCUCGUUGCCACAACUGGGAUCAGUCAAUCGGCACUCGUCAUCGACCAAACCUCUGGUAUAAACAAACUAACCGAGCUGGCCUUUUUCUUUGUGCCCCUCUCGUUCAUCACGGCUGUCUUUUCCAUGCAAGUUGCAGAGCUUAAUGCUAAUCCGCCCAAGAUGUGGACGUGGGGUUUGUCGCUGGGUGUCGUGUUUGUUGUCACAUACGCGAUACGCAUUUUCUUGCGAUCUCCAACGGUCAGAUACUGUGUUAAAGCCAGUCGUGUAACAAUACUCAACCGCUUCACACCCAAAUCCCGCUCCAUGUCCCUCCGCCUCGACUCCAUCAGCAAUCGUGCGAUUGCCAAGUUUCUUUUCUUUUUUAUCACAACAAUGGCGCUGGUCUUUGUAAUACUCUUCAUCUACCUUUUAUCCGGGUUCCUCGUCUUUUUUGGUCUCUGGGCUGGUGCAGCAGUUACAGCAUUGUACUUUAUCAUCACUCGAUGGCCAGACGUCGCAGUCUUGGCUCCAUGUUUUGUGUCGCUUGUUCUUUCGGGGGUUGGGUUCAUGGCAGUCUAUCAUUGGGGCGACGCUUUGGGAAAAGCCUGGGCAAAUUGGAUCGACAGUGCUGUUAACUGGGUGAAGAACCUCUGGCCAGAAGACUGGACGACUGAUGCCGUCGAUGACGAGGAUUUGGAUCGGGAGGGGGUUCCGACAUAUGCUCGACAGGGAAUCUUUCUUCCUUCUAAAUAG